ACUUGCUGAGCCUGGUUUCCCGCAGACGCUCUUGGUGUUGACACAGGAUGAGACCCCAGCUCGCCGAGCUCUCAUGGACGCAUUGAGAGUGUGAAACAACCCAAUCCUCUACAAUGUGAUGGAUCCUCCUGACAGGCAAGAUGAAACACUCCAGACACAAGAGUCCGACCUCCCCUUGCCUUUGAGAGCGGAUCUAGAUGAAACCCACAUUUACGAGGACCUUGACCAGCUUCAGGAAAAGGAUGAAGAACCUUUGUGUGAGACCUCCCCUGCUGAGUUUAUCUUCCUGCCUGAACCUCAACCACAACCUCCGGGUCAUCUCUCGGCUGGAGGCACUGAGAUCACUGACCAGCACAACACAACUGGGCUUCGACCAGUCCGCAGGCCUCCACCUCCACCCAGAACCAGGCCUCUGCCCUGGUUGGAAGAUAGACAAGACCCUGCAGCCCCCCCUGUACCCCCUAGGACACUCAGAAAGCAGGUUUCCUGUGACCCACCGAAGCCCGCUCCCAGGCUCAUCCGAUCCAGGACGGAAAUAGACCUUCAUGAGCUCUGGACGAUCAGACUUAUAGACACUCCACAGGGCAGCACCAGGAGGCUUUCCUCUUUUUGUGAGGCAACGUCCAAGCUGAUGUCACGGCACAAACACAGUGACGGGGUUCAUAACUCAGGCGUGUUGUGGGGUCGAGUGCUGCAGGUCCACCCUGCCCUGCUGCAGCAGGUGGAGGUGACGGUCAGCAUGGCCACAGAGUGGGGCACUAACCAGAUCCCCCUCCCCACCACAGUGAACAGGACAGUGAAGAGUCUGAUUGAUGAAAUCUUCCAGCUGCUGGACCUCACUCCCGCCACAAGUGGGCAAUACGUUCUAAAGCUGUGUGACUCCGAGGAGUGUCUGCGAAAUGAGGAGCUGCUGGGUAUGCACGACACUAUUCAGAUCUACCACAAGCUCAAACUGACGGUCCCCCUGCGACUGCUCCACGUGAACAACCUCAAACACAGUCUGUCUAGGGAUGAGGCAGACCACAGGAGCCCCUGCCAGCUGUACCAGUCCCUGCGUCCUGCCUGUCUCUUUGACACCUGCAAGUUGAGCCUGCAGGAUGUGCUCAGCAACUACAACAGAGAGGUGACAGAGAUCAUGAAGAAUAAGUCUGGGAUCAACAUCUAUGUGCUUUUGAGUCGAGUUUACAUCAUCACUAAUCUUCUCUGUGGACUCUCAUGUGAGGAGCUGGAGGACGUCACCAGCUGGCUCAACAGACUCGGCCCCACACAGUUGAGUCCUGAUGAGAUUGAAAGUGCCGUGCUCAUGCUGCGGGCGGCGCUGCUCAAAGUGCUGCAGAUCUUUUUUGACAGCUUCCAGUCAGACUUCAGAGGUCAGGAGGUCACCAGCCACCAGCAGACACGUGAUGUCGAGGACUACGGGGACAUCUGCCAGUUCAACAUCGCUGCUCUCUACAAACUGCAGCUCUCCUGGCUCAACACGUAUGAGCACUUCUCUGUUUCCUGUGAGUUGAUGUACAGAGGAGUGAAGAUCUGCGACACUGGCGUUUCCGAACACAUCAGCACAGCCUUGUCGUAUGGAAACAAGAUCCAGUGUAACCGCAUGAUGGUGUUCCCUGUUCCAGUGAAGGAGCUGCCCUAUGAGAGCAUGUUGACGUUUCACUUCAAAGGCUCAAAGAAAGGAAAGAAUCCUGAGCUCCUCGGCUGGGCCGUAUUACCUCUUUACACCAACAGGACUUUGGCAACAGGGACCGUCCUGCUCAGUCUGUCCACGCUGGCCUGGACGCCAGCUCCUCCCUCCCCUGCCCUGUUCGACAGCCACACUCAACCUGUUGGGGUCAUACUGCAGCUCGAGUUUCCAAAUCAGUUCAAGUGGACCUAUCAGAGACCCAUCGCACUGCCUGGUUCGGUCAUUUUCACUCCACCGUGUGAGGAGCUGCAGAAGAAAAUGCUGGACGUCUCGAAGAAGCACUGCCUCUGUUUUCUUACAGAAAAUGAGAAAUCUUUCCUGUGGGAGAAGCGAGACUGUGGAGACAAAGCCAGCACGUUCCUCCACCUGAUGCUGGGCGGAGUUCCCCAGUGGAAGCCUGAAUACUUGACAGAGAUCUAUACUGUAGUAGAGAACUGGCCCAUUCAUCUACCUGAGGAGGCGCUCUUCCUGCUCAGUGACAGUUUCCAUGAUCAGACUGUGCGGGGAGCUGCUGUUCAGUACUUUGAUCAGACAUCUGAUGGAGAACUGGAGGUGUUUCUGCCUCAGCUGGUCCAGGCUCUGAAGAGUGAGUGGGAGUUGGAGGGACCUCUGGUGAUGCUGCUGUUGGAGAGAUCACUGAGGAACAUCCGAAUCGCCCAGCAACUCUACUGGCUGCUGGAGGAUGCUCAGACUGACCCUUACUACCAGAGUUGGUACAAUAAGAUUCAGGCGGCUCUGUUGCACUGCUGUGGCCGGUCACUGAGGCAGGAGCUGGAGCACGAAACCCAGCUGGUGUCCGAGCUGGUGCAGGUGGCUGACAGGGUCCGCACCGCUGACAAGUCUCGACGUAAGAAUGUUUUGAACGCAGAAAAGAUGAGGAUCGUCAGCCUCUUCAAAGACGGGAUCAGCUUUGGUCUGCCACUGGAACCUGCCGUCCGUGUGAAGGCGGUGGACGUGGAUGCCUGUAAGUUCUACAACUCCAACGCUGCUCCUCUGGGGAUCACAUUCGUCUGCACCGACCCUCUGGCCAAGAACGUCGGUGUCAUCUGCAAGACUGGAGAUAACCUGCGUCAGGACAUGCUGGUGCUUCAGAUUGUCCGUGUGAUGGACAGGCUCUGGCUCCAGGACGGACUGGACCUGCAAAUGAUCACCUACAAGUGUCUGUCCACAGGCCCAGCUCAGGGUCUGGUGGAAGUGGUUCCAGAGGCAGUGACCCUGGGGAAGAUUCAUCAGGAGUGGGGUCUGAGUGGGACACUACGGGAGGACACGCUGGAGAAGUGGUUCCACAUGUGGAACAAAACCAAGGAGGACUAUGAAAAGGCUGUGAUGAACUUCAUCCACUCGUGCGCAGGCUGGUGCGUGGCCACGUUCAUCUUGGGGAUCUGUGACCGCCACAACGACAACAUCAUGUUGAAACCCAGCGGACACAUGUUCCACAUUGACUUCGGCAAGAUUAUGGGGAAUGCCCAGAAGUUUGGAACCUUUAAAAGGGACCGCUCUCCAUUCAUCUUUACAUCUGAGAUGCAGCACUUCAUCACAGGCGGGGGGCAGAAGCCUCAGCGCCUGCAUCGCUUCGUGGAGCUCUGCUGUGAAGCUUACAACAAAAUCAGACGGCGCUCUGCCCUGAUCCUCAGCCUGUUGGAGCUGAUGCUACAUGCUGGAAUGCCAGAACUCAAGGACUCUAAUGACCUGCAGUACGUCCAGAACAACCUCAGACCUCAUGACACCGACCUGGAGGCCACAUCCUACUUUACAAAGAAGAUCAAGGAGAGCAUGGGCUGUGUUGCAGUCAAGUUUAACUUCCUGACGCACAACAUGGCCCAAGGGAAGAAGCAAGAACCUCUGACCAGGGACGGCAUCCCCGCUCCCAGCACCAACAUCCAAGAAGCCGUCAUCCAGGGAUACGCGGUCAAGGAAAAAGAUGUGAUGUAUAGCCUCAGAGUUACCAUUGAUGAUGGUGUUCUGACCAGUGAGAAGACAUUCGGCCAGCUUGAGCUGAUCCAUAAGCAGUUACAGAAACACUUCAUUGAAUCGAUGCUGCCCCAUUUUCCGAGCAGGUAUAUUCCGCCGUCCACCACCACCAAGAAGAUGUCUCUGCUGAAUAAGUACCUGAAACAGCUUUUUGAGGGACCAUGCAAGGGAAAUGAGUUUGUGUGCAGCUUGUUCCUGGACGGCCCCGGCAAAGUCCUGGACGGCCCCGGCACAGCCCCGGGAGCCCAGCCUCAGAUCCAGCUCUACAUUUCUUAUGUUAACUCUAAGCUCUCGGUUUUGGUAAAACACCUGAAGAACCUUAAACAUGCAAACGGCUCUAACCCCGACGCCUACGUGGUUAUGCGCCUGCGGCCGGACCCUCAGCAGCGCUCCAAGAGGAGGACAAAGGUGGUCCGCAACAAUGACAACCCCACUUUCAAUGAACUGCUGGAGUACAGCUGUGUUCCACUGCUGUAUGGGAUGGUGCUGGAAGUGACGGUGAAGAGCAAGAAGACGUUCGUGGCUGCGACCAACAUCAGACUGGAGGACAAGUUCCUGGACAAGAAAACAUGGUUUCCCCUCGGGAACUGUGCAGUCUGACCUGAGAGCACUGUGCGCCUGCUGCCAGCAGAGGGCGCAGCCGCACUGAGGGACAGGAUCCAGACUGAUGAAGUGUGGGAGAUUCACCUGAGAGGAGGAAGUGUGCACUGACAUUUUUAACUAUUUAUCUGAUGCAACUGAACCUCAUUGAACCCUGAGCUCAUUGCACUGCCGGUGAAUGGAAGACGUUACAAAUCUGAGUCACUAGACUCAGGGGGAGAGACUGUUUAUUGUGCGAAUUAUUCUAAAAUAUUUGAUUCUGCUUGUUUCAAUGCAGUCUCUGUGAUGAAGGAAAGAAACUAUUACUUGUGUUAUUGUACGUGCACUUUAAUUUGUACAUGCACUUUGUUUUCGUUGUUGUAAAUGUGCGUGGUCGAGACAGUCAGGGUGGCAGAUUGAGGAGGAGGUGAUACGUUUGUUGUUGUCAUUCCGAGGCUGCCUGUCAGUUACCAGACGGAACGUGUUGUUUGUCCCUUUAGGCUGUGUCAACUGGAUGUCCUUGACCAGUGGAAGGGUUGGGGUGAGGAGAGAGGGGUGAGGAGUGUGUGGAUGUGUGUGUGAGCAGGAUGACAACACUGCCUCUCUGGCCUGAGGGGUUGACUUAACAUCCCCCUCCCCCCCUCUCUCUCCAUCCUUUGUCUUAUCCAUCAGUGGCGUCCAGACACAGUUAUUCACAUGCAUGCACAAACAUGCAGAGGCAGAUGUUCACAUGCCUGUACAAAUAUCCAGAAAACAAACACACACACACAAACACACACAUCCACAUGGCCUCUUUCAAGGCUGAGGCGGGUCUAAAUGCCAUCCUCCUCCUGACAGGCCUGCUGACCCGUGCUCUCCUCCUCAUUCACGGUACUCAGUGAUGAACACAGGUAGAAAUAGACGCCCCUGCACUGGGUUAGGCUCAAUAAUGAAUAUACCUCUGUGAAAGCUAUUUAUAUUAUUCCCUGUUGGCUCUCGCACAGGGCGGCUGGUUCGGAACGGAAAACACUGGCUGCUACUCGCUCAUCGGAAUGUUCACGGAGUGUGAAUGUAUCCCGGUGUGACUCAUCAAUUUCAGCCUCAAAGCUGCUGCAACUGAUUCUGGGGAACGGCACGUGCGUUACCACUGAUCUCAACAAGUUUGCAUUGGCCUUCACAAACAAUAACUUCAUCUGUAGACAAAAACACACCCGUUGUAUAACGAUGCAUUCAAUGACCAGAAUAAGCCGUGAGUGUGUGUGCGUGUGAGAGAGAGAGAGAGACACUGAUGAACUGUUAAUGCUACACCACCAUGUGGUUGUGACUGGCUGCUGCCCGCUCAGAGGACAUUACAUACCGGUGUUUAUGGUGGCCACAGCCCACAGCCUCCGGUGGCAACUCCUUGUGGCCUCACUGCUCAUCAAUGUUCACACAAGUCUUCAGAAUUUCUCUAACUUAAGUCUAACACCAGUUGCUUCUAAAUUUUGAAUCUUCCGCCCAAAAACAAAGUCAAUAAAUAGGUCGAUAAAUACA